CCGGACAUGAGUCUCGGAAGAAGCGAUGAUCGAAGCGGACGACAUGGCAUGGGCGAUGCUCGUGAAGGACCUCAAGGCCGAUCAAGGACAUGGCCCGCUGUGCGCUGGAAUCGUCAUCUACGACCCACGUGGCAAUGUGGUGUACGAGGAAGGGUGGUUCCGUGAGGAAACGUCGUUCGAGGCGAAGGCCGCAAUGUUCGCAGUGUUGGCGGACGUUGUUCUCGCGCGUACUCACCGCAUCGAUCUCGAUGGACAUGUGUUCCAUGUCGUGGAGAACGUGUACGGAAAUCUGUGCGCCGUGGGGCGUCGGCGGAAGAUGGGUCUCAUCAGCCAGCGCUUCCCAUCAGGCAUCCUGGUCGCCGUGUUCCGUUAUCCAUACUCGUUGCAAACCGCAGUGCCUGUCGUCGCCAAAUUAGGAAGGCGCUUGCGAUCAUAAUAGUUGUGUGCGCGCCAUGAUGAAGAUUUGCUCGGGUCCGCGCAUGCCGCGAAGGACGCAUGGAAUCCAUUCAUUUGUUUAUGUCGUCGCCCUGUCCACGCGCUCCUAUUGCAUUCGUUGGAGCUGUCGAUGCAUGUGAUUUCGCAUGAGCAUGCGCAACAUGGUGCCACCACAGCAGAGGAGGACGCUGGCGUGUGACGGGUCGAACUUGACGGACCACACGACCAACGUGUUGGAGGUGUUUCCCCGAUCUGGAAUAAAGCUCACCAUCGCGUGGUACCCUUCCAGCCACAUGCCUUGGUCCACGAGUUUGAAAUGCACACUACCAAUGCGGUCGUCUUCAUUAUUCUUCAGGUUUCGUGGCACUGCGACCGACGUCACGCGCUCUUUGCCAUGAACUGUGUCUCGACUCGCACCUGCCGAAACCACCGUGCCCUGGACUGUGGGUGCUCCCUCGUCAAACCAGCAUCGUUCGUUCCAUCUCUGGAAUGCAGCAUACGUAGAAACACCGCGGAGGAAGAUGCUAGCUUCGACUUCAUGCCCGUCGGCUUGGAAGAAGAUCUCGGCGGCACCGCGGUCAAUGUAUCGCUCCA